UAGCUUCCUUGUUUAGCCGAGGCGCAGCGACUCAAAGAGCGCAUCUUGUUUACAUCAUCCGAAUGCGAGUAAAUGCAUAACGUGUUGCUUCAGUCAGAAUGACUGCUCCGUCUACUUGCUUCCUGUGUUCUUGUUUUCGAUCACUUCUGUAUUUUUGACAGUUGUGGUCCACGGAGACCGCUGCACCUGCAAACAGACAAUCUGUCUGUCGUCCUACAAAAUGUAUCCUAAAGUAGUUUCCGGCUGAUUGGGUUCAAGUAUUGCUUUCUUCCUAAAGGAGUUCCGCUCAGAGUUCUUUGAUUGCGUUAUGGCGUUGGCAUCUGCCAGUGUGGACUCCAAGGCAGAGCUGACUGCUCUACUGGAAGAGUGGGAGAGGCAACAACAAGGCAGCACACAAGAGCUAGUGAACAUCCUCACCAAAAUCUCUGAGCUCGUUGAGAAGGAGACCGAAGAGUACCACAAAGUGGACCCGGACCCUUUUGAUGAUCGACAUCCCGGGAGAGCUGAUCCAGAAUGUGUAUUAGGGCAUUUGCUCAAGAUCCUCUUUAAGAAUGAUGACUUCAUGAACACAUUGGUGAAUAGCUAUGUGAUGGCCAGCAGAGAAUUUGCCCUCAAUGCAGAAGCUUGCCGCCUGCUUCAGAACAUCAUGCCUGGCCUGGAGACAGCAGUGGUCUUUCAGGAAAAGGAGGGAAUAGUUGAAAGGUUGUUCAAGUGGGCUCAGGAGGCUGAGCAGCCCCUCCGAAUCUAUGCUACAGGCUUGCUGGCUGGUGCCAUGGAGAACCAAGACAUUGCAGCCAACUACCGAGAAGAGAACUCCGUCUUGGUGCCGCUGAUGCUGCAUCGCUUGCGUGAGCUGCAAGAUAAAGACGCAGAGACAAAAAGAGAAAUCAAACGUCCCAGUCCCAGAAAAACUCUAAGUGGUCCUUUGCUUCCUUUGGAUGAGGAGACCCUCGACGGAGGCUUUGAGAAGUCCUUCUCGCUCGGCCAAAACGGAGCUGAAACGGAAGGACGAGAACCCGAGGAGGACGUUGAAAUGAACCUGUCCGCCUCGGAGCCAGAAAAGGAGCUUCCCUUUCAUCCCAACGCCCCUCACAAGGCCAACAGCUGUGCUCCCUCCGUUGUGAAAACCAUGAUGAAGCCCAUGUCGGCCCCAGGAUCACUCGUGCACCUCGGCGCCUAUGACGCUAGCGGUUACCCAAAAAGAAAAGCGGAGAAAGAGAGUGGCCGGUCCGCAAAGCACAAGUUGACUUUCUCCCUGCCAGAACCGGAGAGGAACGUAAGCGAGCUUUCCAACAGCAGCUGGUCCGAGAUGAGCCCGUGGGUGAUCGGCAACAGCUACCGUUUAUAUCCUCUGACCCCUGAGAUUGAACAGAGACUCAUUUUGCAGUACCUCACUCCACUGGGAGAAUAUCAGGAGCUGUUGGCAGUGUUCAUGCAAAUGGGAGCCCGGGAGCUGCUGAUGCAUUAUAUGGAUCUGAAGCAGACCAACGACGUCCAGCUCACAUUUGAGGCCCUCAAGUACUUGGCCUCUCUUCUGCUUCACAAGAAGUUUGCCGCAGAGUUUGUGGCGCACGGAGGAGUUCAGAAAUUGCUUGAGAUCCCCAGGCCCUCGAUGGCUGCCACUGGAGUGUCCCUGUGCCUCUACUACCUUGCCUAUAACCAGGAUGCCAUGGAACGGGUGUGCAUGCUGCCCCACUCGGUUCUGGCGGACGUGGUCGGCUACACGCUGUGGCUGCUGGAAUGCUCGCACGCAUCCGGCUGCUGCCACGCCACCAUGUUCUUCUCCAUUUCCUUCUCUUUCCGCGCCGUGCUGGAGCUCUUUGACAAGCAGGACGGGCUGAGACGUCUCGUCAAUCUGAUUAGCACCUUGGAGAUCCUGAACCCGGACGACCAGGGAGCGCUGCUGAGUGACGACGAGAUUUUCUCCAGCAGGCAGACGGCGAAGCACACUUGCAUGGCGCUGCGCCGCUACUUUGAGGCCCAUCUGGCCAUCAAGGUGGAGCAGGUGAAGCAGUCCCUGCAGCGCACAGAGGGAGGCGCGCCCAUUCACUCGCAGCCCUAUUACAAGGCGGUCAGUUACAGCCGCGAGCAGGUCGUCGAGAUGAUGGAGUUUAUCAUCGAGCACGGCCCUCUCCGCUUAUACUGGGAACCGGCGGAGGUCUUCCACAAACUCUCUUGCGUCCAACUCCUCCUUCAACUCAUUUCCAUUGCAUGUGACUGGAGGACCUACUAUGGCAGGAGUGACACCGUGCGCUAUGCUCUCGACAUCCUGAGCAUCCUCACGGUUGUACCAAAGACUCAAAUGCUGUUAUCCGAGACCGUUGCCGUCGUCGACGAGGGCGGGUCUACCAUAUCCAGCGCAGGAAUGAACAUCGUCCUAGCAGUGGCCGAGGGAGAAGUGUUUGUGAACGACGCAGAGAUCCAGAAGUCGGCCCUGCAGGUUGUCAUUAACUGUGUCUGCGCUCCCGACAAACGCAUGUCCAGCAUCGGGAAGUUCAUUGCGGGCACUCCCCGUCGUCGCCUCCCUCACAUGACCAAAGCCAGCGAGAACGUGCUCACAAAGAUGUGGAACGUGGUGCAGUCCAACAACGGCAUUAAGGUUCUGCUGUCCCUGCUGACAGUGAAGAUGCCGAUUACAGAUGCGGAUCAGAUCCGGGCGCUGGCCUGCAAGGCCCUGGUGGGGCUGUCUCGCUCCACUUCCGUCAGGCAGAUCAUCAGCAAGCUGCCUUUGUUCAGUAGCGGCCACAUCCAGCAGCUCAUGAAGGAGCCCGUUCUCCAGGACAAACGCAGCGAGCACGUCAAGUUCUGCAAGUUCGCGGCGGAGCUCAUGGAAAGGAUAUCGGGGAAACCCUUGCUGAUCGGGACCGACGUAUCCCUGGCGUGGCUGCAGAGAGCGAGCGUGGUGGCCCAGUCCCGGAUCGCCUUCCCCGAGAAAGAGCUGCUCUUGCUUAUUCGCAACCACCUGGUCUCCAAAGGCCUUCAGGACACGGCCAGCGCCCUCACCAAGGAAGCCGAUCUGCCGAUGACGUGCCCGUCUCAUUCGUCGCUCGCCGCUUCGCCUUUCGCCUGCGCCGCUCCCCUCACGCCGCCGAUCGCCACCCUCCCCCGCACCCCGCGGCUGGCCAACGGCGUCGGCUCCAGACUGGGCAACCAUCCCUCGCACUCGUCCGCCGCGUCGCCGUGCCACUUGCAAGUGCGCCCCUCCGUGGUGCAACCCACCGCCGCGUAUUCCUCGGCGUCGGCGCCCCACUGCAGCAACGGCUCCCCUCUGAUCGGCCGAAUCGUUUUCUCUCGCGAGCGGCACACGUGGGGCGGCGGCGGCGCCGGCUGCAAGAAGCCUCGGGUGCUGCGGCAGAAGUCGGACCACGGCGCCUUCAGCCAGACGCCGGCCAUGAAGAAGCAGUUUGACAGGCACAUGCCCUCCCCCCCCGCGUUGGACGGCAUCAUCACCGAGUACCUGCGGGAACAGCACGCGCGCUGUAAAAACCCCGUCGCCACCUGCCCGCCCUUUUCUCUCUUCACCCCCCAUCAGUGCCCCGAGCCCAAACAGAGACGACAGGCACCGCUCAACUUCACGUCCCGGCACCUGAGGAGGGUCAUCUACCCCAAAUAUGGCGGAGCCGACGGAGGAUGCUUUGACAGACACCUCAUCUUCAGCAGGUUCCGUCCGAUCUCCGUUUUCAGGAAAGCCGACGAGAACGAAAGCGGAUUCACGUGCUGCGCCUUCUCAGCUCGCGAACGCUUCCUGAUGCUCGGGACCUGCGCGGGACAAUUGAAACUCUACAACGUGUUCACGGGCCAGGAGGAGGCCAGCUACAGCUGUCACAGUUCAGCCAUCACCCACCUCGAGCCCUCUCGAGAUGGCUCCUUAAUUUUAACUUCAGCCUCCUGGAAUUACCCGACGUCUGCGCUGUGGGGGAUGAAGUCGGUGUUCAUCAUGAAGCAUUCCUUUCUGGGUGACCAUUACGUGGAGUUCAGCAAGCUGUCCCAAGAUCGCGUCAUUGGGACCGAGGAGCAACUCGCGCACAUUUAUGACAUCCAGACGGGCCAGGUGACCCUGACCCUAAAUAACCCCGACUUGGCUAAUAACUACAAGAGGAACUGUGCCACCUUUAACCCUACCGAUGACCUGGUACUGAACGACGGCGUGCUGUGGGACGUGCGCUCCGCUCAGGCCAUCCACAAGUUUGACAAGUUCAACAUGAACAUCAGCGGCGUGUUCCACCCCAAUGGCCUCGAGGUCAUCAUUAACACGGAAAUUUGGGACCUGCGAACCUUCCAUCUCCUCCAUACAGUUCCUGCUCUGGACCAGUGCAGGACAGUCUUCAACAACAACGGCACCGUCAUUUACGGAGCGAUAUUACAGGCUGACGACGAAGACGACAUGAUGGAGAUGCAGAUGAAAAGUCCUUUUGGGUCAUCCUUCCGGACUUUCAACGCCACGGACUACAAACCCAUCGCCACCAUUGAUGUCAAGAAGAAUAUUUUUGAUCUGUGCACAGACUCGAAAGACUGCUACCUUGCUGUGAUUGAGAACCAAGACUCCAUCAACACGGACACAGUCUGCCGCCUUUAUGAAGUUGGCCGACAAAGACUGGCGGAGGAAGAAGAGGAGGACGAGGAGGAUCAGGAGGACGACGAUCAGGAGGAAGACGACGACGAUGACGACGACGACUCUGAUGACGACGUGGACACCGAUCCUCUCAUCGCGGAGCUUGAGAACGAAAAUGGCGGCGAUGAUGACGACGAGGGGAACGACGAGUUCUCACCCUCUGACGAAGAAGUGGCUCGCCUCCUCGUGGAGGACUUGGAUGGAGUGGACGACGACGACAAUGACGACGACUCCGACAUGGAGGACGCGGAACUGGACGUGGACAACGACAGCUCCGACAACUCUGACCUCGAAGAUGACAUCAUUCUGUCCCUCAAUGAGUGAGCGCCGAUCGGCUGCCGGGACUGAGAAACUGGGCCACGAGUCCAGACCUCGGCAUCGCGGGCGCCAGCUUCGGAGGAAGAGGCGACGAACGAGAGCCGCGUCAGAAGAUGCAAUUGGACCGAGGGAUCGGACCAAGGAAGAUUCCCAACCGUAACUAAAAACGCCACGAUUGUAUGCCAUGAGAGAGUUUUAGAAGAAGGCGUGAUGUGGAGGGUGCUUUGAAAACCUUUGAUCAUUUUAUUCUCAACCAACCCUUUUAUUUCUUAUUUCUGUCGGUGACGGGAGCAACUCGCGAUUGCAGGGCUGCACUUGUGUUGUGUCACGGCAGACUGGACUCGUCGUCACCGAUGUACUUGGCUUUUGGGUUUAGCCUGCUGCGUCGAUGCAGCGGUUGCUAUUCCGUAACGCGGCCUUUUGCUUGAAGAGGAUUCAAGAAUCACCCUCCUGGCUCACUGACCUCAACCAAAAGAACACUCGACUUGACAAAACUGCCAAAAUGCCUCCUGCGCAAUCCCCCCUACGUGCGCGCUCAAACUUUCACGGCUGUCCCUCAUCUUGCGCUCGGUGCGCUUUUGCUUCUGAUAAAUAGAUGGCAACCUUUGGGCUUUUGAUAAGAAAAAUGGCAAAAACUGACUAGGCCAUGUCCUGGGGUGGGGGUAAUAAAGUGUAAAUAUUUGGGGCUGGAAAAAAAUCUAUUUUGAUUUAAAGUUUGUUUCUAGGUCAAUUCAAUAAUUGAGGGGGUAAAAAAAGAUCUGGCUCAAUUUUAUCAAGCCAUUCGAUGAGUUAAUUGUUUUCUAUUCUAAACGAUUCUGCCUUGUAUCUGUUCAUUUUAUCAGCUUUCUUCUCCCCCCACGGGAAGAUGACUUGAUUUUCUUGAGAGGUUUAAUGUACAGCUUGUAUGUACCUAAAGUAUUUUCCUAAAAAUAAAACUUGAGAAUUUGA